AUGAAUUUCGAUUCAAACCCUUCAAGUUCUUCUUCUUCGUCUUCAAGUUCAACUGAUGAUAUCUAUGAUCAAAUGGUCAUGAAUUUUAUCAACGAGAGUCAUCGAUUACAAGUAAUGCAAAAUGCAGUACUUGUAGCUGUAAACAAUUCAGUACAGCAAAAUGAACAUAAACGUCAAAGAAAACGAAGAAUAACUGUGCCGAGAUAUCGUGAAGCAGCUCACGACAAUUUAGUUUCAGAUUAUUUUAGUGACCAACCAGUAUACGAUGAAACCACAUUUCGAAGGAGGUUUUGUAUGCGAAGACCCCUUUUCCUUCGCAUUGUCAACACAUUAAGUGCAACUAACCGUUACUUCCAACAACACCCAGAUGCUACCAUGCGUCUUGGGAUUUAUGGAUUUGGAACGCCUGGAUCUUGCAACGACAUUAAUGUACUUCAGCGUUCUCCGGUGUUUGAUGAUGUAAUAAAUAAUCGUGCUCCACAAGUUCUGUUCACUUUUAACGGAAAUAAUUACAACAAUGGAUAUUAUCUCACAGAUGGGAUUUAUCCAAAAUGGUCGACAUUCAUAGACGCUAUUGCAGUCCCACAAACCUUAAAAGAUAAAUUGUUCACUACACGUCAAGAGAGUGCUAUAAAGGAUGUUGAGCGUGCAUUUGGUGUGUUACAAGCUCGGUUUACAAUAAUUAGGAAGCCUGCUUUGGCAUGGAGUGUAGAGUUGAUGUGGAAAAUCAUGAUGACUUGCAUCAUCAUCCACAACAUGAUAGUUGAAGACGAGCGUGAUACAUAUUUAAACUAUAAAGAUCCACUUGAAUUCGCUCAAGAACAGCCUAAAAAUAUGCCAGGGUCGUCCUCAACCAGAAAUGCAACAACAUUUACUGUAACUCCUGGGCAGUAUGAUCCUGAUAAUUUUAGUAGAUUGAUAGCUUCAAGAGGCGAGAUUCGCGAUAGACAAGUUCAUGAGGCAUUAAAGAACAACUUGGUUGAGCAUUUAUGGGCAAGGUUAAGGAGCUCGGUUGAAAAUUAG